GCGCGCGUGGUACGUCAUCUGAGGGCGCCGGCAGGCCACGGGUUCUGACGUUACGGCAUCAUGGCCGCCGCCGCCGCCUGGUUGCCCGCGUGCUGGAGGAAGAUCGCUUUUCUUCUGCGCCGCGGGGGGCGGUCCUUUGCUUCCCAAACCGAGGGGGAGGUCCGGGUGACCCGAGUCCUUCAGGAGAAGUUCCCCCAGGCUGCUGCUAUUAAAGUCGUCGAUAUAUCAGGUGGUUGUGGAGCAAUGUACGAAAUACAUAUAGAAUCAGAAGAGUUUAAGGAAAAGAGAACAAUUCAGCAGCACCAAAUGGUCAAUCAGGCUCUAAGUGAAGAAAUUAAAGCAAUGCACGGACUGCGGAUAUUCACUUCUGUUCCCAAGCACAGAACUGGCUGAUAGCACGUGGGAACUGUGCCUUUCAGAAGCUGAAAAGAUGCCCACUGGAAAAAUCAUAAAACCAGUGGGUUUGUCUUUCUGUCUCUCCCUCUUCCGACUACCAAUGCCUGGUUUCAGCAGCAAUAUUUAUUUCAGAUUGAAAAUUUAGCUCAUUUAAUUGUAUCCGAUAAUUCUUUUUCAAGAAGACUAGUGUGAGGUUAUAGUGGAAGUCUCCGUACCCAUGGCACUAAAGCCAAGAAUGAAAAAGAAUAGGGAGAAAUGUUUGCAACGUUACCCUGCUCUUAUUUUUAACUCAAAGCUCUGUCGUGGCUCAGAUGGAAAUUUACAUGAAAUAUAAUGCAAAUUGCCACUGCUGCUGUUUGAAGUUUCUGAUAACUGGGGAUCCUAAAAGGAGUUACAGACUCACAAGUACUAAAAUUACUUGUAGUCUAAAGAGGUUUCUCAUAAGAGGGCUGCUUUUACACCAGCUCUUGGAAAGUCUAGUUUUCUAGGAGUAUCUUUAAACAAUCCCAGCAAUGCAUCACUACUAGCUAUGAUAGGCGGGGCUGCCUUUUCCUUUAUUGUUAAGAAGGUGGUAUCUAUUGCUCUAUUUAUUGCUUUACACUGCAUUUUGUCUCCUGAAAUACCAAAUAAGGUAUAGCUUUAGCAAAGGGUAUUUUGUCAU